CAUUCUGUCCUCUCACACAGCAGAGGCAACAUGAGGCUGUGGGCCGUCCUGCUGCUCGCUCUGCUCGCUCAAACCUUUGCUGUAGAAGAGUCCUGUAUGGGACGCUGUGAGAAUGGCUUUAACUCUCAGAAGAAGUGCCAGUGUGACUCGAUGUGCAAGUAUUACAAGAGCUGCUGCUCUGACUUUGAGGUCACCUGCGGCAUGACGACUCGCGGAGACACGUUUGUGUUUGCAGAGGACGAUGAUGGUGAGCUGUUUGAAGGUACCCCUCCAACGCCUAGACGUUCAGCACACGACCAGUCUUUCACUGUUAUCAGUCAUCAGCUGAAGCCAACACAGCAGCCCAUAUCAGACUUUGGUCGCACACCACAGCAACAUCCAGAAACAGCACUGGAAAUGAACAAACCCCCUCACCUGAUAGAAACCAUACUUCAGAAAACCCCUGUUACACCGAAAACAUCCAUUUCACAGCCAGUCGAACCUCCACAGAUGGUCCCCAGCACAACUAGACCUUCUGCGACUGAUGCAGCAGCUGAGACGACCACUGUUCCCGUCACAACAUCCGCCUCCACUGAAGCCCCCGACCCGGACUCUGUGGUCUGCAGUGGGAGGCCUUUUCACUCCUUCAUGCGACAAAAAAAUGGCUCCAUAUUUGCCUUCAGAGGGGAGUACUUUUUUGAAAUGGACCAGAAGUCAGUGCUUCCUGGUUAUCCAAAGCUCAUAAAGGACGUGUGGGGCAUCAGCGGGCCAAUUGAUGCGGCCUUCACCCGCGUCAACUGUCACGGGAAGACUUAUAUCUUCAAGGGAAAGAAGUACUGGAGGUUUGAUGACGGCGUGCUGGAUGAUGACUAUCCUCGAGAUAUCAGCGUGGGCUUUGACAAAAUUCCCGAUCAUGUGGAUGCAGCGUUUGCUCUUCCUGCUCCUGGUCACAAUGGAAAAGAGAAGGUCUAUUUUUUCAAAGGGGAUCAGUAUCACAUGUACGAGUUUUUGCACCAGCCGUCCCAUGAGGAGUGUAUCACCAUGUCGGUGAGGUCUCCGUCCACGCUGUUCAGGCGCCACACUGACCUAUACUACAACAACUAUGAACGUGUUCUCAGCGAGCUCUUCUCUGGCUUGCCCCAGCAUCACGACAAACACCACUUCAUUGACAAGGACUGGAAGGGCCUCAAGUCUCCAGUGGAUGCCGUCAUGGCCGGCAGAAUGUACGUCCCUCCCUCGAGGUCCACAGGACGCCGCAACGACGACCGUCCUGACCAGCAGGGGGGUCAACAGCAGGGCCAGCAGUACCAGCAGUACGGACAGCAGUGGGACCAGCAGUAUGGACAGCAGUGGGGUCGAAGGAGGCAAAGCCGCUCACCCUUCUGGGGGUCCACGGCUGAGCGGGGGAUGAACAUGGGCCAGGACUUUGCAGAAAGGGGGAUGGAAAUGGGUCUGAGGUUGGCAGAGAGGAGGAUGGAGAUAGAAGAGAGCUUCGGACGAGACUGGGACAGACGGUGGGAUCAAGACCGGGACCAGGACAGACGGAGAGAUGGUUACCGUCAGAACAACAGGGGCAACUAUGACUCCAGAGACGGCAGGUCGUUGUGGGAGUCCAUCCAGGGGAGUCUGCCCAUACAGAGUGUCUACUUCUUUAGAGGAGAUAAAUACUACAGAGUGGACCUCAGGACCAAGAGAGUUGACUUGGCCACGCCUCCAUAUCCCAGAUCUAUCGCCAAGUACUGGCUCAGCUGUCCAGACACCACUGGGGCAGAAAAGUAGUUUGAUAUAUCAGGCAUUGAAACAGGCAGUGCUGGCUGUUGAAAACCUGACACACUUGCUCUGUGUAACCCAUAAACAACUGCUCAUCAACUUUGGCAAAUAUUCAUCAAUCAAAGUCCACACACAGCUGCUCUCCACACAGUAGUUGACCUCAACAUGGCCAAAGUUCAACUGGUCGAUAAAGCUCAUCUCGUCUCAACAUCAGCUGACCUACUAAAUUAAACACAACUAUAAUGACAAUAAGCUCAUUGGAGUAAGCCGAGAAGAGAUUGCAAAUUGAAUUUAAAGGCCACAUUUUGAUAUAUAUAUAUACUUCAAAAUGUUUAUUUUCUCCUUCUUAAUCAUAAGGAUAUACAGUGAAAAACAAAAUAUAGCACAGGGCUUACAAGAGUUCAUCCAUCAAAGGGUCAUAAACAUUUGGCACAUGGUUGUACAGAUAUAUGUAAUAAAAAUGAAAAAAAUCCCUAUAUUGCAACAGGGAGGGUUUUACUCAACAGCAGCAUCAUGUGACUGUCAGAGAGCAGUGACAGACGGGACUUUGACCGUAGGUUGUAGAUGUAAAAAGAUUCUUACAAUUCCAGUUUAAGUAGCAGAGAGCAAAGUAUAAUACUACUGUAAUACAUACAGAUGUUUACACGAUGUACUGUGUUACUGAGUGAGUCCCUUUUGAUUGCAUAUUCACAACCUGUUACAGUCUGUCUUACAUGUAUUUGCAUCCAUGAUAAAUAAAAACAACAGUCAUCAAGAACACAGUUCAUGAUCUUUUAAGACUACUCUGAUAUUUUUGCCGCUGUUUGCUCUUGUCUUCCUCGUACAACACGGAUGUUUUAUUGUGUGUUUAUCCGUUAUCUGAGUCAAGAAGCAGACACUCGCCCAGAUAUUACAGUACUUGUAUGUAUACAGUUACAAUACAACAUGGAGAAAUCAAAAACACUUAUCACACAAUUGUCCCUAAUAAUCGUGUUGAUAUACAAUUUAAGACACCGAACGCAACCAGUGGCAUUGUUAGGAAAAGUUACCAAAAUACCUCACCUGAUAUUCUGUUGCUUCUGUUUCAUUCAUAUUUC